AUGAGCUUCCACCUUACCGCUGAGAACCUCCGUCUCGAAGAGGGCCAUAUCCUCAUUGCUCAGCUCCACAAUGCAGAUGGCGAGCUUGUUGACUCGUCUAUUGACUUGAAUACUAUCAUCGGCAAUGUUGACGGCCGCUUGGAAUGGGGGGGUCAGAACUUCAGCGAGAGCGCCCAUGAGGUCCAGUUUGGCAUCGAGUCCGAAAAUGAAGUCCCUAUUCUUCGGGUUUUGCUGAAGAAUGCUGAUGAGCAGUGGGCUGCUGCGGAUGUCAACCUGUCUGAGCGCAUUGUCAACGAGAAUGGUACCUUCGUGUUUGUUUAG